AUCAGCCUUAUCAGCUUCCUCAACAACAACAAAACAAAAAAAAACAACCAACCCAAAAUGAAGACCAUCGUUGCAUUCGCCUUCGUGCUCGCCCUCGCCCUGGCCGCCCCCCUGGAUGACGCUAAGAAUGCCCAGAUCCUGAAGUACGAGAACGACAACAUCGGUGUCGAUGGCUACAAGUUUGCUUUCGAAACCAGCGAUGGACAUCAGCGCCAGGAGCAGGCUGAGCUGAAGAAGCUGGGCGAUGAUGUGGAGGCGCUGGUUGUCCGUGGCUCGUACUCGUUCACCGCCGAUGAUGGCCAGGUGUACACCGUCAACUAUGUUGCCGAUGAGAACGGAUUCCGCCCGGAGGGUGCCCAUCUGCCAACCGUCUAAAGUGGCCCCCGAACGAACAGCGUGACCGUAUGGGCGAACGCAACCCGGGACUGACCCCUGGGUACCAUCGGGCGUUCGCCAGAAAAGUCCGGAACGUCGCUUCCCACGGAAAAAGGGAGCGAAGGGCCGGGCUUUUAGCACACAAUCGAACACAAACAAACACACACACAGAACAAAACGUAGAUCAUAUUUUUGUGUACAUUCUUUGUCUGGUUUCUUAACGUUCUGUACAUUUGAGCUAAGGCUUCUGAGCGGUUUUCGAGAGGGAGAUAGAGGGCCGUUUGAUUUAAAGUUACCUGCUACUCUUUAAUUUUUGUUUUAAAAUGAAAAUAGUUUUGCUUGCCAUGACGCGGAGGCCAAGAAAAAAACAAACAGUGGAAUUCUUUUCUUUCUUCGCUUGAUGGGAAAGUAUUCCGCUUCCCGGUAUUGCUCGAGAUUUGUGACAAAAGCCGAGUGACCGCUGCGGUCAUAGCUUUUUAACCAUCGUGUCGUACCAACGCAACCAACUCUAAUAAACUCAUU